UCGUCUACUUGAGUAGAAGCUGUUUGUGUAUACACAUGAAUAAUUUACCGGGUUUUCUUGUUGUCCAGUAUAACUUCUUUGUGUAUACACAUAUAUAUUUUACCAAGUUCACAUCAAGGAAGGUGUAUCUUUCAAAAUUUAGAGUUCCGCCAAGAGACCGACCGCCAUGGUCUCCGCCCGCUUCUCUCUCCCUCUGGUGCUGACUGGAUCUCGCUGCACAGGGGUGGAGCGCUAAGCCUGAUUGUCUGCAUAAGUAAGCGCGAUGGCGGAUCACGUGCUCGAAGUUGACCAGGCAGUGAAGAACGGCCUGUCAGGCAACUGGUGACACACUUGGCUUUCCUUGCAAGAGAUAGUGGAGCACUUAGCCAAAUUAAACCACGGAAGUGACUCGGUUCCGGGGACAAAAUACCUUCAACUUUACCGGCACGACGACAUCUGCGCACAUUUGCGGUGAAAGGACGGGCAGUGGCCGGCAUGUCCACCAUGGUCCGUGCGGCUGCAGUCACCGACACUACCACGACGAAUUCAGACGUUCUACUGACCAUACUCUCCCGGAACAAGGUUUUAGAAGCUACAAUUCCUAAAUGUGCUGGGUGUAAUCAGCCAAUAGUGGAUCGUUUCAUCCUCAAGGUGCUCGAUAGGCCGUGGCAUGCUAAAUGCCUCAAGUGCACCGAAUGCCAGGCCCAGCUCAACGAUAAGUGCUUCUCGAGAAAUGGAGAGGUUUUCUGUAAAGAGGAUUUUUUUAAGAGAUUUGGAACUAAAUGUGCCGGAUGCGAGCAAGGCAUUCCUCCAACUCAAGUUGUAAGAAGAGCCCAGGACAAUGUCUAUCACCUCUAUUGCUUCUCGUGUAUCCUCUGCAAGCGCCAGCUGAACACCGGCGACGAGUUCUACUUGAUGGAAGACAACAAGCUUGUGUGCAAGAUCGACUACGAAACUGCAAAGGCACGCGAUGGAACAAGCAAGCGUCCGAGGACCACCAUUUCGGCCAAGCAGCUGGAAAUGUUAAAAACGGCCUACAACAACAGCUCCAAACCUGCCCGUCACGUGCGAGAACAGCUGAGUCAGGACACAGGCCUUGACAUGAGAGUAGUUCAAGUUUGGUUCCAAAAUCGGAGAGCCAAAGAAAAACGACUCAAAAAGGAUGCUGGGAAGAGCCGCUGGGGGGAAUAUUUCCGAAAUGGAAGCGGAAGUCUGAAGCAGAGUCUUUCGACAGUUUCGACUCCAAGUACAGCGUCCCCUGGUUCCCCUGAUAACAUGGAACAAAACAGAGGAGACAGAGAAAAUGAUUCUAAAGCAGAUUUGGACAAGGAUUCCCUGUAUAGAGACGAGCUAGACUUAAGACCGACAGAGUCUUUUGGACCUCCACUGGGCAGUUCACUACUUGUUGACCAAGAACGUUCCCUUGGCCCAUCUCCAGCCCUAGGCCCAAAUGGACUUUUGUACCCAGGGGGCCACCCUUUCCCUGGUCCAGGCACACCACCUUACAUUUCGAGUAGUCACAGCCCCACCACAUCUAUCCCUCUUCCUUAUCCUCAUCAAGGAACAUUUAGCUAUGGAGGAGAGGGGCUAGGAAUACUACCUGGUCCAAGGCCACACCCCAUUGUCGAGGGACAAAACGGACAUAUUCCGCCAAUUUUACCACCUACCAGAAUGGUGUGUUCUUCUGACCUCAAUGGGCAUACCUAUCAAGAAUUUCCACCAAGCCCAGCGUCCUGGCUGGAUGAAAUGGAAGGAGGUGGAGCAGGUAUCUCUUCCUCUCAACAAUAUUGACAUUUCUAAAACCUUUUGUGAAUGACAUUUAACAGAAAAAUUACUUCACGCUAGUCUUGGACAGCAGCUGGUGAUUAAAUCUUACCCACUUCUAUGUUUCUUCGCAAGAUUUAAGGUGUAAAUAUUACCUCCAAAUCCAGUUUGUUCAAAACUCGUAACAAGCGUUAGUGAUUUUAUCCAGGACUUCGUUUCAUGAAACUUCGAUAUGUAUUUCAAAUUUAGAGGAACCAGAACUGCCCUGGUACACUUUACAACGCUUGUUAGAGUGAAAUUAGAUACUUUCAGUUUGUCCUUUGAUGAUAUUAUUUAUAAUGCCCACUCCCUACGAUUAUCAAGGAAUACAAUAUCAUUGGUCUUUCAUGUAUAUCCAAAGUGGAGCUGAAGAAAUGUUAAAAAUUAUAGUAAUUAAUUUCACUGUUAUUUUAUCCGUGUAAUAGAUGUAUUUCCCGCUCUAAGUUCCGAAUAUGAAAUGGAUAGUGUUAAGCCUAACUCUGAAAUCAAGCAACCUUAGGUGUAGCUUUGACAUCAGUUUGUUUGGUGACUUUCAACUUCAGUAAGAUCUAGAGAUCCAAGACACAUAUUCUAGUCAUAUAUACUUGUCGUAGUAUUCCAGCAACUUAUUUUAGUUUUAAAACUAUAAACUUGAAGUUAUAACUUAGCUGUUCUCACCCACCCUCUCACGGCCUGCAUCGUUACUCAGGCUUUUUAGAAGCGCGACUAAAACAUCAAUAAUUAAAAAAACAUUUCUGCAUAAGAGAGUCAAAGUUCACGAUUUAAA